AUGGAGACAGAGAUACGAGUCCUGUUAAGGAGCUUGUCGUUCAUAUGUCUCAUUGCAGCCCUUGCAUCACCUUCUAAAUUGAACCGAACAAAGCCAAACUUGAUCUUACGUCGCCGUUUUCUGGAGAAAAGACUAGUACAAGAGAUUGCUGCUAUUGAAAAGGAUACUGGAUUCAAGCUCAGAGUUUUGGCCCAAAACUAUCCUGAUACCCCAGGUUUGGCUGCCAAAGAUUUCUGGCAAGUAGAUGACAGAACAAUUGUCUUUGUUCCUGAUCCUACAUUUGGAAACAUAUUGAAUUUCAAUGUUGGUGCUUCAGUUGAUUUGGACAUCCCACGUAGUUUUUGGAGUCGUUUGGCUGGGAAGUACGGGAACAUUUUCUAUUGGAGAGACAAGGGGGAAGAUGCAUCUGUUGAAGCUGCAGUUAUGGCAAUUUCUAGUUGUUUGAGAGAACUCGUUGGGCCUAAUAAUUGCUCUGAGGUGAAUUGAUUUUGUUGAUUACUAUUAAUCUGUCAUGUAGAAGCCCUUAUUGUC